ACGGAACCUGGCAACACUAGCUGUCACUUUCCGGCGCGGGAAAAUCGUAAACAACACAGCGGAAAGCGGUAUGUUGAAGCCACCCAGUGUUAUACACAGCUUCAGCAACGCUUACAUUUCUAGUAAUUUUGAUUAUAGCACAGAAAAGCUAAGUAUCACACGUUUAAUGAAGACACUUCAGCAGGCGCUUCCGCUGCUAAAACCUGACACGUCAGUAAGCUAGCUUUCCACUUUAUGCAUCCUUCGCCUGAAGUUUUAGCUCAUUGUUUAUUUUCACUAUAUGGAGUUUGAGUAGCAUUAAAGCUGGCAGAUAUUCCUCUUACCUUAUGACCCCGCCGUCUUCAUGGAUCGCUACAACGAGGUGAAGCUUUUGCUAAAAAGCUGGGAGCAAAAGUUUGCCCAACAGCACCGGAGGAAACCAGACAAGGACGACAUUGACCAGGCUCCAGAAGAGACCAGAAAGCUGUAUAAAGAAUACCGCAGUUUGAAACAGGCCAAAGAGAACAGCAGCAAUGAUGCAGAUGGUAAAGCUCCGGACAGCACAGGACAGAAGGAGUCAGACUGCUGGGGUGCUCAUCUCAAUCGCACUUCGAUGCCAGCGUCUUCUCCCAGACUGACGUCCGAGGACAGAGACAGUCUUAAGGCCUCUGCUCAGUAUUAUGGCCUAAAGCUUAAAAGCAACCUGACUGCAUUCUGUAAGGAGAGACCUUCCACACUCAAAAAAUCAUCUCUUUCGAAGCGGGUGCCCUUAAACUCCUUGAAGCAGACUAAAGAAACAAACAGCCCAGUUUCUGUUGCGGUCACUGCUAAAAUAAGUUGCCCUGAAGCUAGUCCCUUCUCACCAAGAGCUAAAAUUUGCCUGGGGUCCCUGGCUUCAAAAACACAACAAUAUGUGGAACCAGAAGAACCAUUUGAACCUUUCAGAGAGUCAGGUGAUGACCCUGUAGGUGUUUGCAAGUAGUUAGGCAGUAGUUUCAAUUCAAUUCAGUCUCCAGCCUUAUCAUACAUGCCCCCUUUGAGUAGAGUAGGAGCCUCAACAGGUGAUGGAGGAACCAGUGCAAUGUUAAAUGAAAACAUAGCACAUUCAGGAGACAUAAAAGAAAACACUAAAACAUUAGCUGCUUUUUAUAGGGAAAAUGGUUCUGCAGGUUCCUCAUCUGUGAUGCGAGGAAGCACACCGUUUAUUGGAGGUUUCAGUGGAGGCAAAGGUAUAGGUGGAAGGCCAUCCUCUGCUAGCCGGCUGAGUUUGGUUGAUAAGAAGUGGUUAGAGAGAUGUCAGGUUUUUGGGGAGAUGGCAGCAGAAGAGAAGCCUGGAGCAGGCAACAAACGUACAGACAUAGAGAAAGGAGACGAAGAAGAACGUGGAGACGAAACUAAAGGGAGCGAAAUGAACGAUCAAAUAGAACGUGCUGGAGAAAAAAAUGGGGCAGUAGACUUAGAAAGAGGUGAAUGUGAUAGGAGCAUUACUGAUGACAAAGUAGGCAACAAUAACAUAACAACUCAGCAACCCAUUAAAAAAGGUAAAGGAAGGCGGGAAGAUAAAGAGAAAAGGAGGGGAGGAGAGGACAUGGAGACAGGGCUGAUGCCACCUCCAACAUCAGAAGAUGAGGGUCAGACUAGUCCAAAGUCCAAAGUUAUAAAAAAGAGAGGGAAGAAAAGGCAGAGGGAAGGCGAGGACAUAGAUGGAGAGGCCAGAGAAGAGGGAGCCGUGAAAAAGAAGCGGAGGAAUGGCAAAAAAAAAGAGGAAAGCUGUGAUGUGAACCACAGCCCUGCUAAAGAAGGAGGGAAAAAAAGAAGAGGCAAGAAAAAGAAGGAUGAUGAAGAUGAUGGAGAAGAAGAGAAAAAAGUCAAGGAACCAAUAAAGGUGCCCCAGGAAAACCUGUUAGGAGAACUUGAAGAGGAGUUUGUAACAAAGAGAAUGUGUCAAACCCAGCCUAUCAGAGCCAGGAACAUGAAAGGCACGGAGGGUAACUAUGUAAAAAUAAACCUGAAGAAGAAGUCUCACGUCAAAGGAUAUGCACUAAGAGGGGUUGGACUCCGCAAACAGCUGUACAUGCAGAAGUUCCAGCUGAAGGGCGAACGUUUUGGUGGAGGUGGUGGAUAUUUUGGCCGAGGACGAAGAGGAGGCUUCAGAGGGGGGUUCAGUCGACAGGGCGACACCUGCUACAAGUGUGGAGGGACUGGACACUGGGCCAUCGACUGCAAGGGGCGAGUAGCCCCUCCACCUCCUGUUGCUGAUGACCAGCCUGUUGAAGAGGAGGCUUUUGAGCUGCCGACUCUGGAGGAGGUCGCCAGGGCAACAGGGACACUGCGAUCUCAGCCACUGGUGUCAUCUCCCAGUGUCAAAGAUGAGCAGCAGCACCAAGAAAAUGAAGCAGACCUUAAGCGCAAAGAUGAAGUUUUGCUGAAUGUGAUUCGUCCUGACUAUGAACGGCCUCCACCCCCGCCACCCAUGGAACCACUUUAUUGUCUUACCGAAGAUGGGAAAGUUCAGGAAACGCCCUCUGAGGUGAUUGCAGCUCUGAGAGACCUUGGCUAUCAGUCAUUCAGGCCCGGACAGGAGGAGGCGAUCAUGAGGAUCCUCUCAGGUCUCUCUACUCUGGUAGUGCUGUCUACAGGGAUGGGUAAAUCGUUGUGUUAUCAGCUCCCAGCCUACCUUUAUGCUCAGCGAUCAAAAUGCAUCACUUUGGUCAUUUCUCCUCUUGUAUCACUAAUGGAUGAUCAGCUGUCUGGUCUGCCAGCAGGGUUGAAGGCAGCCUGCAUACACUCCAACAUGACGAUGAAACAGAGAGAAGCUGCGAUAGAAAAGGUGAAGUCAGGUCAGGUUUGCGUGCUGCUCCUCUCUCCUGAGGCUCUGGUAGGUGGAGGUGGUUCAGGGUCAGGGUGUCUUCCCUCAGCUCAAGAGCUUCCUCCUGUGGCCUUCGCUUGUAUAGACGAAGCUCACUGCGUCUCUGAGUGGUCACAUAACUUUAGACCCUGCUACCUGAGGCUUUGUAAGGUGCUAAGGGAACGUUUGGGAGUGCAGUGCUUGCUGGGACUUACUGCUACAGCCACACUGUCCACUGCUCUGGACAUUGCUCGGCAUCUGGACAUCACUGAUCAAGACGGCAUUGCAGUUCGUUCUGCAGCGGUGCCUCCUAACCUGCAUUUGUCUGUGUCUAUGGACAGAGAGAAGGAUCAGGCUUUAGUGUCCCUGCUGAAAGGUGAUCGUUUCGGUUGUCUGGAUUCCAUCAUUGUCUACUGCACCAGAAGGGAGGAGACCGUCCGUGUUGCAGCGCUGCUCAGGACGUGCCUGCAGGGUGUGCUGGUGAAAGAAAACAAACACCGAAGCAGCCAGACUCAAGACAACCCAGUAGGACAGAGAAAGAAAGAUCUGGCAAGGAAGAAGAUUCGCAAGCCACUGAAGUGGCAGGCUGAGUCGUACCAUGCCGGGUUGUCAGCGUCGGAGCGCCGUCGUGUCCAGAACAACUUCAUGUGUGGGGAGUUGAGAAUCGUUGUGGCGACGGUGGCGUUUGGCAUGGGCCUCGAUAAAUCGGAUGUGCGUGGCAUCAUCCACUAUAACAUGCCAAAGAGCUUUGAGAGCUACGUUCAGGAGAUUGGAAGAGCAGGUAGAGAUGGAGAACCUGCACACUGUCACCUCUUCCUCGACCCUGAGGGCGGGGACCUCCACGAGCUUCGGCGUCACAUCUACGCAGACACUGUGGACUACUACACAGUUAAGAGGCUGGCACAGAAAGUUUUCCCUCCAUGCAAGUGUAAACAGAUACACCAGAGACAGCAGGAGCUCUUCAAGGAGGUUGAAGACUCCGAGCUGCUGGAGAUGAUGGAAAUGUGUGACGAGACGGACAGUCUGAACCCGGACUUUCAGCAGCAGAUCGUGACGGGGGACAAAACACAUGCUGCUGCUGCUGUACAGGAGACAUCAUGUCUUGAUGUAGUGGAGGUGUCCUGCCAAGAAGAUGAGAAUGGAAAAAAGGAAAACAAGGAACAGGUAGCUGUCAGAAGUCAGGAUAUGGAGGCGAAGGCAGAGGACAACUGGCUGAGAGAUCAUGAGGAGGAGAUCAGUGAUUGGCCCGCAGAGCGAGUGUGUCACACUCACGAAAGAGCAAUUCCCAUCCAGCACACUGUCGAGGCUCUGGACAUCACAGAAGAAGGGGUGGAGACACUGCUCUGUUACCUGGAGCUGCAUCCACAGCGCUUUGUCGAACUCCUCCACCCCACCAUGUCUGUGUGUAAAGUCAGCUGCUAUGAUGGACCGAAGCAGCUCCAGAAAAUCACUAAAAUUUGUCCUCCAGUUGCUGUAGUCCUGGCCAGGAAGCGCAUGGCAGGUGAGCGAGUGGAGACGUGCGAUCAGCUGGAGUUUGAUGUUGUCGAGGUGGCUGACACUAUGGGAUGGCAGCUCCCGGUGGUGAAGAGAGGACUCAGACAGUUGCAGUGGAGCACUGACAGAGGAGGUGGACGGAGCGGUGUCCUUGUCGAGUUCUCCUCCCCGUCCUUCUACUUCCGUUCCUAUGGCGACCUCAGUGAUGAGGAGAUGGACAGAGUGUGUCAGUUCCUCCAUAAUAGAGUACAGGACCAAGAGAGAACGCAGCUCUACCAGCUGACUGCCUGCUUUAAGGCAUUCAAGAGUGUUGCCUUUCAGAGCGUGUUGUCCUGCGUAGAUGAUUUGGAUGAGAGUCGCAGUCUGCAGCUGAAAAGCCUUCUCUCUGAGUACUUUGACAAAAGGCGCAACAGAGACAAAACACUCAAACCAGCGGAUAUUGAGGAACUCGACAAGUAUAAGCUGUUGGACUGGGAACAUCAGAUCAGAGCAGACAUCAGAAGUUUUCUUUCAACUCGAAGUGAUGAGAAGUUUUCUGGAAGAGCUGUAGCCAGAAUCCUGCAUGGCAUUGGCAGCCCAUGUUUUCCUGCUCAGAUAUACGGCAGAGACAGACGCUUCUGGAGGAAGUACAUCCAGUUUGACUUCAACCAGCUCAUCAGACUGGCCACGCAGGAGAUCAUUCACUUCAAGUGACCGGACACGUUUGCCAUGCGUGUUCACACUUGAAUCAGCAAAUGUGUGUUUUGAAGAGUUUUGUAUCGUUCUUAUUCCUUUUUGUUAAAUCAUUUAUAUUUAACUGAAAUGUUUUUUACAUAUAGAUGAUUUAUUUUAGAUACUAAAAUAAAUAAAGUCAUUCUAUUUUUCUAG